UUUAAAAAUAAAUUUGGUGUUCAAUUAAAAAAUAAUUCGAUAUUGGAAUAUGCGAAAAAUUGAAUUGUUAGUACUUUUCGCGCCAACAGCGGCCAUUUUUGUUCUUUAUACUACGGACCUCUCACUCACUCAUAAAAGAGUGAUUGUUGACAAGCGUGAAUUGCAUCAUAAUUCGUUCGGCAUUGCUAAGUGUUUUUAUUAAAGUAUUACAACAUAAACGUAUUAUUUUUGACUAAACAUCCUGACUGAAAAUAUAAUAAUUAAUAGUCUUGGUGAUUCUUAUUAUUCAGUUAAUUGUCAAGAAUUUAAUUGCCUAACAAAUAAACUUUUUCAACACAAGAUGUAUUUUGUAGUGUUUUGGGAGAAAACGUCUGCAAACUCACCUGCAUCAUGGGUUGAUUCAGAAUCUCAAACUUUUAAGUGGCCGAAAACAAAAAAUCCUACCUUACAAAUUAUUUGAGCUGAUAACCCUAAAGAUAAUUGGAUCACUUAUAAUUAUGGUCGACUCAGCGGUCCAUUUGAGGCAUAUGACGAAGCGCGUGAUUUCGAAUUAGAUACCCUAAAUCUGUCUACAAAUGAUGAUGAAGGUUUUGCUGCUAUUAAAGAAAAUAAAAAAUUAGAAAUAGUAGAAAAAGGAAAAAGAAACUGCAAUAAACCUUUACGCUAUUGUGAUACAGAAGAUGAAUCGAUGCCUAUACAAAAAAAAACUAAAAGUAAAAAGAGGAUAAUAUCAUCGUCAAGUUCUUCUGAAAAUGAGGAGAGCGGAAUAAAUAAUAUACCAAUGCCACCUGCCACGUACGUGAGCCAAAAGGAUCAGCAACCACCACCAACAUUUAAAACUCCUAUAUCAUCUCAUCAUAGUAUAAGUGAAAAUCAAGUCAAGAGUUCAGAUUCAACUUAUAAAUCGAUGAGCUCUUUUAAUAAUACCGAUGAGAAUAAUACUGAUAAUGAUUCAGUUGGGAUUCCGCUUGCAAGUUUAUCACAAGAUCCUGAUUUUUUUCGGAAGGAUGGUGCUCAAUCUCCUCGUUUAAAUAAUGACUCUAAUAGUAUUGAAAAUCUUCGAGAUUCAUUGAACGUAUCUCCGCGUGCAAUACCUCAGAUAAGAAGUAUCAAGAAAUCCAAUAUUCCGCUUAGAAUCAUAAGGGAUUACUCUCGUCAAUCAAGCAUUAAACAACCGUCCUCUCCCCCUAUUCAACCUCUUGCAGAACUUAAAGAUGAUGACCAGAUGUCUUUGCUUGGUUCAGAUACUCAUGGUCACGGCUGUUGUUGAAAAGUUUUGAGUGAACUAAAAAGCUUAAAAACUUUGAUUUCGUCGAUUUAUCUAACAAUAUCAGAUAAAAAUAAUAAUGCCAAUAAUGAUACUGUCGAAGAAACAGUAGAUUUUGGAUUGCCGAUCCAAACUCGAAGUCAGUUGGCAGGAUUUGAGAGUAAAAUUCAAAAUGUGGUCGCAUCUACUCAAUAU